AUGUCUACAUCUCGGCAUGAAGAUAAACUUGUUGGUUAUGAUUUUGGAAAUGAAGAUACCUUACUAUGGGCAAUAAAAAAUUUGGAAAACGAGGUUAUGGUUAUUGGCUAUUCUAUGGAGUCUGUUAAAUUUUGGGAUCAAAAGUAUUAUUUAUUACUUUGGUCAUUUAAAAGUCAUACUGCGGGUGUUUUGUGUUUGUCUUCUAAUAAAGAAUAUUUUAUUUUCUCUGGAGUAGAUUGUAAAACAAUUAUGUAUCGUAUUAUAAACAAGGAAAAUCAACAAUGGGCAGAUGUUGGAUAUCGAUAUUCUUCUAACAAAAAAGUUAAAAAGCUUAAAGUUCAUUCUUUAGAAUUUAUUGGCGAAACUAUUUUAUUAUUUGAUCAAAGAUUAAAUUUUGUUAUUGCACAUUUAAAGCUUAUUUUUUGUAUAUAUGUUCAUCGAAGUUUAUAG